CGUACACGGGUACGUGCGAGUGUUGGUGAUCAAAAAUUUCAUGCCAUAAUUUUUUGCAAGCAGCAAAGCUUUCAGUUAUGGUUUUCACGUCGAAGAUUUGUGAUUUGGCGAUCGCCAUUCAUAAUCAUUUGUUGUUUGGCUGUGCUUGAAGUCGGAAAUGCGCUGUGUGCUGGUCUGCAGUUAAAGUACCCGGUAGAUGCUUACGGAACUCGGAAUUUUUUCGGAAUAACGUGAAAAUUCGUUUUCGAUUUUAAUUGCGUUCAGUGUUUUCCGGAUUACAAUUACGGUUGAAAAUUUACAUUGAGUGUUUUGUUUGUGAUUUCUUUGAAAUAUAAUAUAAAAAAUAGUGUGAACCGGAUUAAACACGGAACAUGGAACAUGCUAUCAAAGUUAUGAUUCACAUGGUAACAGUCAAGUUUUGGCGAAAUUUCCAGGAAAGCCUAACUUAAAACCACAUACACAUGCGCACACUACGUGUAUACAUAUGUGUGUGAAUCAUAUUAUUUUUAAUUAUUAAAUGUUAUAACUCGCUUUCAAAGUGAACUUCUUUUCGAUAUCGUCAACUUGUAACGCUUUUAAGCCGGAUUUAAUUUACGAGUGUAAGCUUGCUUUUUAAACUAAAUAAAUUUGGACUUGUGAAUAGUUGUGAGUUGAGAGCGACUGCGAAGUAGACACUAAGCACAACAUAAAAUGAAAUUUAUAGAUUUUUUUGAAAUAUAAAGUUUAGUGUAAAUAAAUAAGCUGAAAAUUAGUGCAAAAAAACAAAAAAAAAUAAAUAAAUAAAGCAAACAUCUCUCUUUUAGUGUAAAUAAUUUAAUUGUGAAUCAAAAAUAAAUAUAUAUAGUUGCUUUUAUAUAUUAUGCUGAAGUGCUGUGAGUUCAGUUGUGAAUUAAAUCCAAAUCUAAAAAAAUAAUACCGUUAUUUACUGAAAUUUGAAUGGCGCUUACCCUCAACUACACGUCCAUUAAGAAUAGUAAUGGCUACAGUGAAUUUAAGUGUAUAAAUUCUGGGAUUUUAUUUAAAAAUUUUCAAAUCAGUUAUCAAAAUAUCCAAAUGCAUGAACAUGGCCACCCGACGGAUAGUGAGAAAAAAAUACAAAAAGUACAAACCCGCUCGGAAGAAGCGAAAAGUCUUCCAACAACAGUAGAGAUUGCGACAGUGUCGUCAGUGGCUCACAAUUCGAAAUUAGAUACAAGAAGACGUCGUAGAUCCAGUACCACUAGCAGCAGUAGCAACGACAGUAGUAGUACUUCGGAUAGUUCGAGUGAUGAUGACACCGAUAGUGACAGUUGGAAGAGUGGAGCCAGUUAUAGAAAUAGUAAGCUUAGUGAACGUAGUUAUAGUAAACAAAAAGCCUUACGUGGCAGUCAUGUCGCCAUUAUGCCCUCCAGUGGGCUACAAGAAACCCUCGCUAAGUCAAAUACGCCAUUGCCUUUACCACAAAGUGCCGACGGUCAAAUUGAAAACUCGAUUGAAAAUGCUAACGAAACGAGCGAGAUCGUUGAAAGUGAAAUAUUGCCUACAGCCACAAAUGUGGAUGACAGUGAUUCAUCCGGUGAUAGUGUCAAAUCGCGACAGGCUUCGCCAGUGGUAAAAGUGCCGUUGGAUCCACAUGCUUGGAGUACUGAUGACAUAGCAAAGUGGGUGAAAUGGCUAACAAAACAUUUUAAAAUUGAUCCAGAACCAGAUAUUUCACGUUUCCCAACCACUGGUGCUGAGCUGUGUGAAUUGAGUAGAGCAGAUUUUUGGGUUUGUGCCGGUUCGCGACAGGGGGGCAUACUUUUGGCAAAACAUUUUGCCUUGACAUUGUACAGUGCGACCGGACGUGAGACCAGUCCCAUGCUAAAUGAAGAUGAGCCAAAUCCGUAUCAGCUAUUAAAUGCCGCAUCCCAUCGAUUGGUUGCGCAGGGUUCGGGACAAAUCCAGUUAUGGCAAUUCCUACUUGAGCUGCUCGCCGAUUCGUCUAAUGCCAGUUGCAUAACAUGGGAGGGCACCAAUGGUGAAUUCAAACUCAUCGACCCCGAUGAAGUUGCCAAGCGUUGGGGCGAACGAAAGGCAAAACCAAAUAUGAACUACGACAAACUCAGCAGAGCUUUAAGAUAUUACUACGAUAAAAACAUAAUGACUAAAGUGCAUGGGAAACGUUAUGCCUAUAAAUUUGACUUUCACGGCUUGAUGGCGGCAUGUCAAGCGCAGGCACAGGGUUGUGAUCCCGCAACAAGUAUGUUGAGUUCCUACAAACAUCAUCAUCACCACAGCCAUGCCAUGGGACUACACCAUCAUCAUUAUCACAAUCUUCAAACGGAUCUCACCUCACCAUCGUCGUCAUCAAGUCUUGGCUUUCCAUCACCUUCUGCCACGUCUAUGCCAUCACCUAUUGGUAUGAGUAACUCACCUAACAUUGCUUUAACAAAUCAGCAUCAACUUAAUGCAACAAGUACAAAUUUAUUGCAAACACAGCAAUCAACCUUAACCACAACAUCGCCAUCAAAUUUAACGUUACAGCCAACACCAACUACAUUACCAACAGCCUCAACGGGUUCUGUGACAACGGUUGUGCAUAGCAGUACUACAAGUAGUGGCAACAAUAACAAUAGUACACCCGUUUUUACACGCCCGCCGCCAUAUUGGUCAUAUACGCCGGGCUCUUAUGACUCACGUCCACCGCCUAAUACGUUUAAUUAACUCUAGAACGAUGUGUAAUUUAAGGUACUUAACACUUGACUUAGGACAUAUUUGUAAUGUAUUUAAGUGGUCCACUGGUUAUAUUAUGACCAAAAUAUGCCACCCGCAGCGAAAGUUGUGUGCACCUUUUUCCGUUUAUGGAAAGGGGAUUAAGCUUGUAUUUAGAGUAGUAAAAAGGUAUGUAUGUAAGUUUGCAUAAUAGCCGGGUGUUAAGAGCAAUACUAGCCCAUCGAGAAAUUAUGUAAGUAUAAGUUUCUAAGUAGUGUAAAGCAACCUCUGGGCAUUAACUGAAGUAAUAUUGCACAAUAUAAAUUUGUAAUUGUAGGCAUAUUUGUAUAUUCAUAUGUACAUGUGUGUGUGCAUAAAUACUAAUUGCAAUAUUAUAAUAUUUAUAUAGUAAGGUGGGGCAAAAUGAUAUUUCCUAUAAACUUUGUUAUUUAAAUGUACAUAUUUACCUACAUACAUACAUUCACUGUAUGUACAUAUGUCCGUUGAUAUUAAAUUAAGGCUUUGCUUAAUAAAAUUUGUUAGUUUUAAAUGCGUUUUCUGUGUGUACAACUUGCAUUAUAUUAGUUAGAUAUAAAAGAUACUUAUAGUUUUAAGAAAUUUGUAAUAUAAUUGGUUAUUUAAUUUAUUUAACUGUGAUUUUACAUUUUUAUUUACGGAAGAAAUUUAAAAAUGUUAAAAAAAAAGUUUAAACUUUUAGUUUUGAACUAUACUAAUCAAAAAUUUACCAAAAUUUGGUCUUGGCAAUUAGGUGUUUAGCAAAUUUUUGUAUAAAUAUAAUUUUAUUUGUAUAUAUUCUUUUAUUUUAUAAACAUAUGUAUGAAUAAAUACUUACAUUUUUUUUUUAUAAA